AUGGCAACUGAUGAUUCUUGGCGAGCUGGCGAAUUCGGGGUCAGGCCCGCUCGUGUUGCCAAUUGUUCAGGCUAUCAUGGCGAUCCAGCGAUAGCGAUGUAUCGGCAGGCAACGCUUGGCGAUGUUGAUUUUAUUACCGGUGACUAUCUGGCAGAGGUCAACAUUGCCAAUAAUGCUGAAGCUUAUGCUCAAGGCAAGCAUACCGGAUAUGAGGAGACAGCCUGGGACGGCCUUCAGCAGACCAUUGAUGUCAUUGCAAAGAAGCGUAUCAAGGUCGCCAUCAACGGUGGUGCACUGAACCCCCAAGGCCUUGCUACUCGGGUGGCCAAAUUAGUAGAAGAGAAGGGAUACGACUUGAAGAUCGCAUACGUCUCUGGAGACAAUCUGCUGCCAGAGCUUGGGAAAUACAUGCCACAGAAGCAAGAUGAGGCAUUGCCGCACUUUGACUCCAACAACCGACGCGUGACACUAACAGCUGAGAACUUCCUCUUUGCCAAGGAAGGCUCAACACCGCGCGAAAUUGUGUCGGCGAAUGCCUACUUGGGCGCUCAUUCCAUCUACGAGGCCUUUGUCCAAGGCGCCGACAUCAUCAUUUGCGGCCGCGUUUCCGAUGCCAGCCCAGUCAUUGCCUGCGCGUGGUAUUGGUGGUCGUGGACCAUUGAAAAGUAUGAUGAACUGGCCGGUUCCCUCAUUGCUGGUCAUUUGAUCGAAUGUUCGACCUAUGUGACUGGCGGCAACUUUGCUGGCUUUGAUGCCUUUGAUAUUGAGCAGUUUGUCGACCCUGGUUUUCCCAUUGCUGAGAUUGACAGUGACGGUACAUUUGUCGUUACCAAGCACCAAGGCACUGCGGGUAUGGUAACAGUCGAUACAUGCAGAUGUCAGCUCAUCUACGAACUGCAGGGGAAUGUCUAUCUCAACAGCGACGUCAAAGCCUAUCUAGAUGCUGUAGAGAUUGAGCAAGUGGGAGACGACAGAGUACGUAUUUCCGGAAUUCGAGGCGGUCCUCCGCCCGAAACUACCAAGCUUUCCGUUUUCUAUAAGGGCGGUUUUGAAAUGCAGGCAUUGUUCAAUGCCACAGGAUAUGGGUUCGACAGGAAAUUUGAGCUAUUCAGCAAGCAAGUGCGAUACUUUAUGGGCGAGGAAUCACUCAAGAAGCUUGAUAUACUUGAGUUUCAGAAGCAAGUCUACACGAGAUCUAAAGCCUUGAUUGGUGUUCCGGCAACGAACCCCUCUGACCAAAACAGCAGCACGGGAUAUUUCCGCAUCUUUGCGCAAUCUACCGACACGGAGGCGUUGCUGUCUAUCGUUUACGCUAUUCGAGAUAUUUCGUUGAAACACUUUUCAGGAUUUCAUAGCUCACUGGAUAUGCGCACGGCUAUUCCUCGCCCGUACCUGGCAUACUAUCCUGCCUUGUUGGGCCAGUCUGAUCUCCGAGAAGAAGUCAGCUUUGUUGAUGCCCACAGUACCGUCAAAACUACUAGGACAACCCCACCAAGUACGUUUGAAGCUCUUAGCGAGCGAGAAUCCUACGACACAAAGUCACCAGUCUCCAUCGAAGGACCCUUUCGCAAGAUGCGCCUGGGAGACAUUGCACUUGGUCGUUCGGGCGACAAGGGCGGGAAUCUCAACUUUGGCUUGUUUGUUCACACCCAUAACGAGUGGGAUUGGUUGCGAUCCUACAUGACCAUCUCCAAGGUGCAGGAGCUCCUAGGAGACGACUGGCGAUCGGAUUACUCCAUUGAACGAGUCGAGUUCCCAAACAUCUUCACCGUCCACUUUGUUGUCUAUGGUAUACUUGGCCGCGGAGUGAGCAGCUCUAAGCGCUUGGAUGGGUUUGGAAAGGGGUUCAUUGACUAUUUCAGGGACAAGGUUGUCGAGGUUCCCGCAUCGAUCUAA